AGACGAGCCUCCUCUGUUAUCAAUAAGUUAUCACUCCCUUUCGAGCAUAAACAAUACUCAUGAUUUACCAAACGUUUAUUUCAAUGAUUUCGGAAUCACACAUUUCAUCCCCAGUACAAUGAUUUAUCCGUAAUUUAAGUUCAACAUGGAUUCCAGCGGCGAGCAUGCUGAAGAUUUUGAGAUCAUCGUAGCUUUGUACGACUUUCAAGCAACUUUUGCCAAAACAAUAAGUUUUAACGAGCAUGACAAGUUUCUGAUUUAUAACGAACACACUCGGGAAAGAAAUUGGUGGCAGGUAGUUAAUCAGGAGGGUCACAUUGGCUACAUUCCAUGUAAUUAUGUCAAGAUCGAAAAGUGCCCUCGAGAACAAGUCGUAGCAUUUCUAGAAGUCUGCAUCGAAUCUAUCAGGAAAGAAACCAAUAAAUCUCCGACUUCAGAGAAGCAAGAACUUUUAAAGAAGUUGGUUCAAAAGAAAGAGUCACUGAUAAAUUUCAGUGAGGCUGUGAAAUUGAAUCCCUCUGCGCAAACUCCAGAUGGACUGUCCGCUCCUCUUCCCCCUCGAAAAUCAUGCUCUUCAGACGAUGACUCAGCUGCAAAGUCAUCUAAAUCUACUGUUAAGCCUUUUAAAGAGAUGGCCUUUGAUUCAAAAACAAAAAAUUCUCUUUCAAAUUCCAAGAUUAAUUCGCCCAAAAGGAUUCUAACAAACGGAAACAAGGAACUUGCUGUGAUUUCAACAGAAACUGUCUAUCACAUUGUACAGUUGGUCCGAACGCACACAGAUCUGAGUCAUGAGCUAUCUCGAGUGGCCGUAUCGAUCGUCAUCGAAAGUCUCAUUGACAUGUUACCCUCGGAGUGCGUCCCGAAUUUGGAGAACCUCCUGGAAAUACUUCAGAGACCCCUGUAUGCCCGAGACAGCUCUGUCAGUGACACGUUCGAUGGGAAGAGAUUGCAGAACAUUCUGGAGGAGCUUAUCAGCUGCAAGGAAGACUCUCAGCAAAGGAGUUGGGAGUUGUAUGAAGACGAGUCAAUCAUCAUUGAAUAUCUCACGGAGCUACUGUCGAUACUGAACAAUGCUGAUAUCAACAUCUGUCGUCACGUUCUAUCUAAAGAUCAGUUUCGAGCAGUGUGUGCUCUGAUUGAGUAUUAUCAAAUGGAAACCCGAUGGUCUAUCAGACAGCCGUUAUUACAAACUUUUGGUGUUAUGUGUGGAAUACAUGCCUCUGUAAUCACAGUUCUUCUGAAUUCUGUUCUUCCUAUGGAAUUAGCUAGGGAUAUGAUGAGUAAUCCCGAAAAUGUGCCUCGAUUAUUGAAUUCUGCGCUGUUGCUAUCGAUGAUUUUCUCGAUGGGUGAAUCCAUGCCCAUCACUCAUUUAGAAUAUUUGGGUCUUGAAUUUGUGACAUUUCUCCUCAGUCUUAUAGAGUCACCUCCAGAAACAGAUAUUGAAGAGCAGAUUCCGGAUGUUUUUCUAACUCUGAUUCUAUCGUACAAUCUGCAAUUUUCUGCUGAAGCUACAAACAAUGUUGUUGUUGAUUCUGUUGCCUCACGCUCUGUUGCAAAAAAUUUUACUGAAAAAGUUUUAAUAUUACUGAAUAGGGAAGAGGAUCCGGUUCGAAUUUUUGACCAUACUCCGGCACCCCCAGAUUCAGUUUUGAAGUUGUUUUUGGAUCUGUUCAGCAACGAGCAAGCAGCGAACCUAUUUUACACUAACGACAUGAAGGUGCUCAUAGAUGUCAUCGUUCGACAGAUAGCAGACGUAUCACCUGGUGACACGAAAAGGACACGCUACCUUCAACUCUGCAGACUUGUUCUAAAUUCUACCAACUAUGCAGAGCACCAGCAUCGAAAAACUGAUCUACAAAAGUGUUUUUCAAGGAUAUUAAGUGAAGAGUUAUCCGAAAGUCAACCUGAUAUCAUGCUUGUCCAAGAAAUUUCCAACGAAUUUCCCCAGUAUUUCAAAAGCAGCUAAUCAGAGACAUUGUGGCACUCCAAGAGGGAAAAAUCUCCUCUUUGAAGAAGGAGAAUCCAGAAUUUAUAUAAUUAACUAUUAUGGUGCACCUUAUGAAUGGUGUUUUUUCUUAUCACUUGAGUGUAUAAAGGCAAAUUUAUCUAUCGGAUGUUAUUCACUUGAAGGAAUGGUUGUUGCUGAGCAAUGCCAAUAUUUAACGUAAGUGAGACUUUAUCAAGAAAACUUAAAAAAUGGCGGCUGAGGGGCUGAGCUAGUGGACUCGCCAAAGCCAAUCAACCCUCAAACAGAAGGGCGAGCAGCUCACCUAACUCCGCCCCUCAAGUGCCACUUCUCAAGUCUUAGACGAAAGAGUGAUUUUUUCACAGGAGAAAUUUCAAAAUUAAUUUUUCAACGAUAACACUCUAAAAAAACUGCUCUACUAAAAAUGUUGCCUCUAUAGACCAAAGACCUUUUUUCCUGUGGGUGAUCACAAAUUAGAAACGAAAAAAAAUUAGAAUUACGCAAUAUGUUAUUAAAAUAAUUUAAUGAUAGUAAAAAAUAUAUACUGAUUCAAAGUAGACUGCCAAGGUCAGUAUGUAAGAGUCACAGUGUCAUGCAAACACGAUGCUAAUUUGCAAUAAAUGUAUAAGUCAAUACAAAAAAUUCUCGUGUAAAACCAUAAAAUUGUUUAAGCAUAGAGCAAUCAUGCCAUCAUCUAGUCUGUUGUUAAAUAAUUGUACCCCUGCUGUUAAAUUAGUUCAUUAAAGUUCUAUCAUCUUCCCAAAAAA